AUGUACACGGCCUUAGGGAGGGGUUCGGCGUUGCGGGAGUCAAAUAACGUCGUUACGCAUUCCAACGCGGGUACCCGAAGUAUUGUGGAGGGAAAUGGCAAAUCGACUUUGAGAUUACCGUACAAUAAAGAGAAUGAAGCAACGACAGAGACAUCCGAUUUCUCCUUACAAGGAACGAUGCUAAAGACGCACAUGAAGGGAGAGGAAGAAGGAGAGAAGGCGGGGGAGGGGGAGGAGGAAGGUGAACAAGGGCAGCGGUCGUUGGGAGAAAAUGUCUUUGCCGGAUCCUCGAACCGCUCCGCCCUGAGUGAUUCCCUGUUUCAGACGAACUUUCGCAAACGGAUAAAAAUUUCAUGGAAAUGCGGCAUGUGCGGUUAUCACGUUCUUGCCAUGGACCAAAAUGGGAAGCCGCUACCACUCUCUGUGUCAUCCUUUGGCCAAGUGCUUCCAAUGAGUUGUCCACGAUGCCAACUAGAGCACACCAGCUGGGAACAGGCGGUGCCAUUUGACGAAUAUGGGGAUCACGCGAAUAUUCGCUCCAAACUUUCGAACAAUUACGUUCGCACGGCAAGUAACGUAGGGGGAACAGAUGUGGAGGAUUUCCGUCCCACCGCAACCAAAAGAGCAACGGGCGUCGGAGUGGAAACGCCUGAAAUUCCUCCCAUCCUGCAGGAGAUUGGUUGUUGGAGGCAAAAAGAGGGUGGGGGACAGAGGGUUGCGCAGAAUGAUCCACGAUUUUGCGGACCCCGCAUGGCGUAUUACUGUGGCAAAUGCGGUCGAAAGCUCUUACGUAUUGAUCCCUACGGCGAGCUCGUUCCGAUGGUUCGUGACGAGGAUGGAUCCGUGCUGCCUAUUGUCUGUCCUGGAUGUAAAGUAGAACACAGUCAGUGGGAUGUGAAGCCCUUUACUGUAACUCUAUGA